GCGCAAACAGAUCAUUCGCAUUUGACCCAGUUUCUGACUUCCACGAACGCAGCUCUCUCUUUUCGCUUCAGAUCGUCAACGGUAGCUAGCAGGCUGUAGAAACCAAGAAAACGGUCCAACCAGAUCCGAGAGAUAAGAGGGGGGAAAUGGACAUGAAAAAGAGAAUUCACCUAGAACUGAGAAAUAGGACGCCGUCGGAUGUUCAGGAGCUUGUCCUCGAUAACUGUAGGUCGAACGAGGGGAAAAUGGAGGGCAUAACGGAGGAGUUUGAGAACCUGGAACUGUUGAGUCUCAUCAACGUCGGCCUCAUCAACGUCUCAAACAUACCCAAACUGGGGAAAUUAAAAAAGUUGGAGCUGAGUGACAACAGGAUAUCUGGUGGUUUGGAGGUGCUGGCUGAGAGGCUGGUGAACCUCACACACCUCAACCUCUCUGGGAACAAGUUCAAGGACAUCAGCACACUGGAACCACUGAAAAAGCUUCCCAUACUGAAGUCCCUGGACUUGUUUAACUGUGAGGUCACCAACCUGGGAGACUACAGAGAGAGCAUCUUCAAGCUCCUCCCACAGCUCACGUACCUGGAUGGCUACGAUAUCGAAGACUGCGAGGCCUCCGAUUCGGACGGCGAGGGAGACGGGGUCGAGGAUGAAGAUGACGAAGGGGAGGAGGGAGAGUCUGAAGAGGAGGAGGAUGAAGAGGAGGAUGAGGAAGAGGUCGUUGCAGAGGAAGAUGAUGACAGUGGGGAGAGUGGAGAGGAUGGGGAGGUGAACGGAGAUGUUGACGACGACGAUGACGAAGACGACGAUGACGAAGACGACGAAGAAGACGAAGAGGAUGACUCUCCAGUGAAAGGAGAGAAGAGGAAGAGGGAGCCUGAAGAUGAGGAUGAAGAUGAUUGAAUGUCUCUCCCCCGACCCCCACACCCCUCUAUCUGAGACCCCUC